AUGGCCAAAAUCAAGAAGAAGGGCACCUCUGGCCAGGCCAAAAACUAUAUCACUCGAACGCAGGCCGUGCGCAAACUGCAGAUUUCUCUGCCGGAUUUCCGUCGCCUGUGCAUUUUCAAGGGGAUUUACCCUCGUGAGCCCCGUAACAAGAAGAAGGCGUCCAAGACCUCGACUCCCAACACUACCUUCUACUACACCAAGGAUAUCCAGUACUUGCUGCAUGAGCCGUUGCUGAACAAGUUCCGUGACCAGAAGGCCCUUGCGAAGAAGAUUGCUCGCUCGCUGGGUCGUGGUGAAGUCAGCGACGCUUCGCGCUUGGAGAAGAACCAUGCUCCGAAACUUACCUUGGACCAUGUGAUCAAAGAACGCUACCCGACCUUCGUUGAUGCCCUCCGCGAUCUGGAUGAUGCGCUUUCUCUUCUGUUCCUGUUUGCCACGCUUCCCUCCACCAACCAUGUGCCUCCCAAGACCAUUGCGCUCUGCCAGCGCCUCUGCCACGAGUUUCAGCACUACUUGAUCGUCACCAAUUCGCUGCGCAAAUCCUUCCUCUCGAUCAAGGGUAUCUACUACCAGGCUACCAUCCAGGGACAAGAUAUAAUGUGGCUGGUGCCGUACCGGUUCGUGCAGCGGGUCAACGGUGAUGUCGACUACCGCAUUAUGGCCACUUUCGUGGACUUCUACACGACUCUGCUAGGCUUUGUCAACUUCAGACUGUACUCGACCAUCGGACUGCGAUACCCUCCCAAGUUUGACACUCGGAGCGACGAGAACGGUGCCGAGUUGGCUGCUUUCACUCUCGAAGGUCGUGCCGUUGGCGAGACACCCAAGGCUCUCGAGGCGAGCAAGCUCCAGACAAAUGGAUCGAGCAAGGAGAUUUCGCGGGAGGUCCAGGACAAGGUGGACAAGGUGAUCAAGACCGCUGGUUUGAACCAGACCAAGGAUGAGCAGACUGCCGAGACUACCGAGGAAUCGACUGAUGCGAUCGAUCGCUUUGAACCCGCAGCCCCCGAGGCCGAUACGCUUCCCCAACCCGACAUGAGCGGUAAUGAGGCCGGUUCUCUCUUUGCCCCAUUCACCUUCUACGUUUCCCGAGAAGCUCCCAAGGCUCCCCUCGAGUUCAUUCUGCGCUCUUUCGGUUGCAAGCGGAUCGGCUGGGAUGCCGUUCUGGGCGAUGGAGCAUUCACGCACGACGAGACCGACUCCCGGAUCACCCACCAAAUUGUCGACCGGCCCCAGCUCCCCGAAUCUUCUCUUCCCGCUAUCCCCGCAGCCAAAGACGACGGUGCUGCUCCGAAGGUUAAGCCCGGUACCCGUAUUCCUGGGCGGACGUAUGUCCAGCCGCAGUGGAUUUGGGAUUGCGUCAAUGAGGGAAAGCUUCUCCGCGCUGACCUCUACGCACCCGGUGCCACUCUUCCGCCUCACUUGAGUCCUUGGGUCAAACCCACUCGCGGUGGCUAUGACCCGCGGGCCACUCUGGCCGAGCAAGAGGAGGAGGGUGAGGCUGAGGAGGCUGCCGAGGGGGGCGACAGUGACGAGGAGAUGGAAGACGAAGCUCCGGAGGCUCAAAAGGCCGUUGAUGCUUCUGACAAGUCCGAGGACGAGUCGGUUGAUGGAGGUAUGGAUGUUGCCGGAACUGACGAUGAUGAAAGUGAUAGCGAGGACGAGGACGAGGAUGAAGAGAAGGACUUCAACGGAUUGGAGGAGAACGAGGCCACAUCCGAGUCGGAAGAUGAGGACGAGGCCGCUCGCACGCAGCACCAGAAGGAGCUCGAAGCUGAGGCCGCCGGUCUGCCAUUCUCGUCUAGCGGAGCAACCGAUGAGGCAUCGAAGAAGAAGUCUUCUCAGUCCAAGAAGCUCGCCGCUAAGAAGCGCAAGGAGGAUGAGGAGCUCGAGCGACAAAAGAUGAUGAUGAGCCGGAAGAAGCGCAAGCUGUUGGAGAAGAUGAUGUACUCGAACAAAAAGCAGUCGGACGAGGCUGCCAAGCUCCGCUCAAAGCGGCGCAAGCUCGAGAAGGGUGCGCAGGAGUAA